AUGACGAGCGUGCAUCAGAACCACGACUCGGCCAGCGGCGACACGGUCGUUUCGCAAACCUCUGCGGAAAAAAUUCCCGUCGAGACACCCUCUCCCGUUGCGCAAGAAAAGGAGCUAGAGCACAACCAGGAACUGGAUACCUCUGCGCCAGCUGAGGAUCUGGAGAAGGAUGACGAGGAUAAUGCGAUCAAGAAGCAACCAUCCGGUGCGCCACUAGACCGCACGGCCUCUCAAGCAGCCAGGAUGGGCAAGAAGAAGAUCAUCGUCGUUAUGACUGCGCUUUGCAUGGCGCUGUUCCUGGCUGCGCUGGAUAUGACUAUCAUCUCGACGGCGUUGCCGACGAUUGCAGCCGAUUUUGGUGCUUCGGAGAGUGGUUACUCGUGGAUUGCGUCGUCGUACCUUCUUGCGAAUGCGGCUUGUAUUCCGCUCUGGGGAAAGAUCAGUGAUAUCUGGGGUCGCAAGCCGAUUAUCCUUUUCGCCAACGUGUGGUUCCUGGUUGGCAGUUUGAUCUGUGCCUUGGCUAAGAACAUGGCCAUGAUUCUGGCCGGUCGUGCCAUUCAGGGUGUUGGCGGUGGUGGUAUUAUCAUCUUGGCUAAUAUUAGUGUCACGGAUCUGUUCAGUAUGAGAGAUCGCCCCAUGUACUAUGGCCUCUUCGGUGCUACUUGGGCUAUUGCUGGUGCCCUUGGACCUAUCAUCGGUGGUGCCUUUACCACUAGCGUUACCUGGAGAUGGUGCUUCUACUUGAACUUGCCCAUCGGUGGAUUCUCGUUGCUCAUUCUGUUCUUCUUCCUGUCCAUCGAAUCUCCCAAGACGCCAUUCCUCGCUGGUCUGCGUAGCAUCGACUGGGCAGGAACCUUCCUCAUCAUCGGUGGCACUCUGAUGUUCCUAUUCGGCCUCGAGUUUGGUGGCAUCAACUAUCCAUGGAAGUCAGCCACUGUUAUCUGCCUCAUUAUUUUCGGCAUCUUCGUGUGGAUUCUGGCUAUGCUCGCUGAAUGGAAGCUUGCCAAGUAUCCCAUCAUCCCCCCACGCCUGUUCAACGAGUGGUACAACAUUCUGAUUCUCAUGGUCUGCUACUGCCAUGGAUUCGUCUUCAUUUCAGGCGCCUACUACCUCCCCCUCUACUUCCAGACCGUUCUGCUGGCCUCCCCCAUUCUCAGUGGUGUCUACACCCUGCCCAUGGUCCUCUCGCUCUCCAUCGUCUCCGCUGGAACGGGUAUCAUCAUGAAGAAAACCGGUCGCUACCGCGAGAUGAUCGUCGCCGGUCUCUUCUUCAUGACCCUCGGCUUCGGCCUGCUGAUCGACCUCAAGCCCUACGCCUCCUGGCCGCGUAUCAUCCUCUUCCAGCUGAUCGGCGGUAUUGGUGUCGGCCCCAACUUCCAAGCGCCACUCGUCGCCUUCCAGGCCAACAUCCGACCUGCAGACAUGGCCACUGCCACCGCAACCUUCGGUUUCGUCCGCCAGCUGUCAACCUCCAUGUCCGUCGUCCUGGGAACAGUCAUCUACCAGAACGUGAUCGGCCAACAAGCCGACAAGCUCAUCGCAGCCAUCGGCCCCGAGCUUACCGCUGAAAUCUCCUCCUCCUUCGCCGGUUCCUCCAAGGACCUCAUCAAGAGUCUGACCGAGUCCCAGCGCGAGGUCGUUCUCGACGCCUUUACUUUCGCUCUGAGCCGCAUGUGGAUUUUCUACACUGCCAUGGCAGGCCUCGGCUUCAUCCUUUCCCUGUUCAUUCGUCCUCGCGAAUUGACCAAGACGCAUACUAUCCGCAAGACUGGUCUCGAGGAGCAAGAACGUGCCCGCCAGGAACUAAUCGAGUCCCAGCGUAAGGCAGAGGGAAAGCCCGAGGUUGAGGCUUGA